AUGUGGAAUGCCUCAGCUGCAAACAUAUUUGCGAGGUCAAUGGAAAGGAGAAUUGGGGAUGAUGAUGAUGAGGCACUUUGGUUGGCUGCAUUGCAAAGGUCUCCUACUUAUGUUAGAGCCAGGACUUCGAUUUUUCGCAACCUUUCUGGCGGGUUUUCGCUGGUGGAUGUGGAUAAACUUAAUGAUCAAGAACAGAAGCAAGUUUUGGAUAAGUUGGUGAAUUCCAUGAAUGAAGAUAUGGGUUUGUUCUUUAAGAAAGUCAGGCAAAGAUUUGAUUCGGUUGAUCUGGAGUUUCCAAAAGUUGAGGUUCGAUUUCAGAACCUCAAUGUGGAUGCUUUUGUCCAUGUUGGAAGUAGAGCAUUACCGACAAUUCCCAAUUUUCUUUGUAACAUGACAGAGGAUUUUUCCAAGCAAAAGGAAGAAGUUGUCCAUCCUGAAAAACAUCAGUGGCAUAAUCCAGCCUUCCAGAUAUCAGGAAAAGUUACUUACAACGGCCACAAUAUGAGGGAGUUCAUUCCUCAGAGGACUUCUGCAUAUGUAAGCCAGCAUGACUGGCAUAUGGGCGAGAUGACAGUUAGGGAGACACUUGAGUUCUCAGGAGUUUGCCAAGGUCUAGGAUACAGGCAAGAUAUGCUCAUGGAACUUCUCAGAAGAGAAAAGGAUGCUGGAAUCCUACCUGAUGAAGAACUUGAUUUGUUUAUCAAGGGAGUAGCAUUGGGAGAAAAUACAAGUCUUAUUGCAGAGUAUGUGAUGAAGAUUUUAGGGUUGGAUAUAUGUGCGGAUACACUUGUUGGAGAUGAAAUGAUGAAAGGUAUUUCAGGAGGUCAAAAGAAGCGGCUUACCACUGCUGAAAUGCUAAUGGGUGCCUCUCGUGUGCUUCUCAUGGAUGAGAUAUCAACUGGACUAGAUAGUUCCACUACUCAUCAAAUUAUCAGAUAUCUGAGGCAUGCAACUCAUGCAUUUGAUGGGACGGCGAUCGUAUCCCUAUUGCAACCUGAUCAAGAAACUUAUGACUUAUUUGAUGACAUUAUUCUUUUAAGUGAGGGACAAAUUGUCUAUCAGGGCCCCAGGGAAGCUGCUCUAGCUUUCUUUGAAUCUAUGGGAUUUAAGUGCCCACCAAGAAAAAAUGUUCCUGACUUUCUACAAGAGGUCUUAUCUGAAAAGGAUCAAGGACAGUAUUGGUUUCUCGAUGGUCUUUACCAAUACAUGCCUGUGACUAAAUUUGUAGAAGGCUAUAAAUCAUUUAGUGUUGGUAAAGCUUUGGCUGUGGAGUUGUCUGUUCCAUUCGAUAAACGCUACAGUCACCCAGCUGCUUUGUCGAGGAAUGCAUAUGCCAUGAGCAGGACUCACCUUCUCCAGAUCAGCUUUGCUUGGCAAACGCUUUUACUAAAGCGCAAUUCAUUUGUUUUCAUAUUCAAGUUUGUGCAGCUUCUUUUGAUCAUUCUAAUCAUGACGAGCGUAUUUUUCCGAACAACAAUGCAUCAUAAAACACUUGAUGAUGGUGGUGUAUUCCUUGGUGCUAUAUACUUCGCCAUACUUAUGAUUCUUUUCAAUGGAUUUUUGGAGGUCCCCAUGUUGAUAACCAAACUUCCAGUUCUUUACAAGCACAGAGAUCAACGUUUCUAUCCUUGCUGGAUAUACACUCUUCCUUCAUGGAUUCUCAGCAUUCCAACUUCACUUAUAGAAUCAAUAUUAUGGGUUGCAGUCACAUAUUAUUCAGUUGGUUUCGACCCUCAAAUAACAAGAUGUAUACGGCAAUUCUUUCUUUACUUUGUCCUGCACCAAAUGUCAAUAGCACUUUUUCGUGUGAUGGCAUCCUUAGGCAGACAUCUUGUGGUUGCCAACACAUUUGGAUCUUUCGCAAUGCUUGUAGUGAUGGCCCUUGGAGGUUUCAUUCUAUCAAGAGAUAGCAUACCAAGUUGGUGGAUAUGGGGUUAUUGGUUUUCUCCUCUGAUGUAUGCCCAGAAUGCAGCUUCAGUUAAUGAAUUUCUUGGCCAUUCCUGGGAUAAGAAAGCAGGGAAUAACACUUCCUUGUCCUUGGGGUUGACAUUACUGAAGGUUCGCAGUUUAUUUCCUGAGAAUUAUUGGUAUUGGAUUGGUGUUGGUGCUUUGAUGGGAUAUACAUUAUUGUUCAACUUGCUGUUCACCAUAUUCCUGACUUACCUGAACCCUCUUGGUAAUGCACAAGUAGUUGUUUCCAGGGAUGGACUUCCCCCCAAAAAAAAAGAUCAUGAGAAUUCACUAGCUGACAUUUCACUGGGUGACUUUCUGCAACACUCCCAUUCAUAUACUGGAACGCAAACCAACAAUAGCCGAGGCAUGGUUCUUCCUUUUGAACCUCUUUCAAUGUGCUUCACUAAUAUUAGUUAUUAUGUCGAUGUUCCACUGGAACUGAAGCAACAAGGUAUGCUGGACGACAGAUUGCAACUUUUGAACAAUGUUACUGGUGCUUUCAGACCAGGGGUGCUCACUGCGCUUGUAGGUGUCAGUGGUGCUGGAAAAACAACCCUGAUGGAUGUUUUGGCCGGUAGAAAAACGGGUGGAUAUGUUGAAGGCAAUAUCUACAUUUCUGGAUAUCCGAAGAAGCAAGAGACCUUUGCAAGGAUUUCUGGUUACUGUGAGCAGAGCGACAUACAUUCCCCAUGUUUGACUGUCCAUGAGUCUCUUCUAUUUUCUUCUUCCCUACGUUUAUCUUCAAAAGUUGACUCAAGAUUACAGAGGGCUUUUGUAGAUGAGGUUAUGGAUCUAGUUGAGCUGACUCCAUUAAGAGGUGCUUUAAUUGGUCUACCUGGGGUGGAUGGCUUGUCAACCGAGCAACGUAAAAGGCUGACAAUAGCUGUUGAGCUGGUUGCAAAUCCUUCUAUUGUCUUUAUGGAUGAACCUACUUCAGGUUUGGAUGCAAGGUCAGCUGCAAUAGUGAUGAGAACUGUGAGGAAUAUAGUUGAUACCGGACGGACAAUUGUUUGCACAAUUCACCAGCCUAGCAUUGAUAUUUUUGAAUCCUUUGAUGAGCUUUUACUCAUGAAAAGAGGUGGAAAACUGAUAUAUGCUGGUCCAUUGGGCGAGAAAUCUUGCAAACUUAUUCAAUAUUUUGAGUCCAUACAUGGGGUUCCAAAAAUCAGACAAGGAGAGAACCCUGCUGCUUGGAUUCUUGAGGUUACUUCUCCAGCUGAAGAAAUUCACCUCAGCCUGGACUUUGCUGAAAUUUAUCACAGAUCAGAUCUGUGUCGGCAAAACAUGGAUUUGGUUAAUGAGUUAAGCAAGCCGACAGGUGGUUCUACUGAGUUGAGAUUCCCAAGCAAAUAUUCUCGAUCAUUUUUCAGUCAGUUUAUGGCAUGCCUUUGGAAGCAGAACCUUUCUUACUGGAGAAACCCUCAAUAUACUGCUGUUCGGUUUUUCUACACAGUUGUCAUCUCUUUUAUGUUUGGAACAAUAUGCUGGAAAUUCGGUUCUAGAAGGGAAAAUCAACAAGAUAUUUUAAAUGCUAUGGGAUCCAUGUAUUCUGCCGUGCUGUUUAUUGGAAUAACAAAUGCGACAUCUGUUCAACCUGUCGUUUAUGUUGAAAGGUUCGUGUCAUAUAGAGAGCGGGCUGCAGGGAUGUAUUCUGCUUUACCCUUCGCAUUUGCGCAGGUUACAAUUGAACUCCCCUAUGUAUUUAUGCAGUCCCUCAUUUAUAGCUCAAUCUUCUACUUCUUGGCAUCUUUUGAGUUGAACCUCUGGAAGGUUUUAUGCUACAUAUACUUUAUGUACUUUACAUUGCUAUACUUCACUUUCUUCGGGAUGAUGACGACUUCUGUUACACCGAAUCACAACAUUGCUGCAAUCAUUGGCGCACCUUUCUAUAUGAUGUGGAAUCUUUUCAGCGGCUUCAUGAUAUCGCGUGUGAGAAUUCCUAUCUGGUGGAGAUGGUACUAUUGGGCAAAUCCAAUAGCAUGGACAUUGUAUGGACUUUUAACAUCGCAAUACGGAGACCUGAGCACACAUGUUGAACUUGCUGGUGGUGUUCAUUCAGUGCCAAUAAAACAGUUGCUCAAGGAUCAGUUUGGAUACAGGCAUGAAUUUUUGCCUUUUGCUGGGAUCGCAGUGGUCGGUUUCUGUCUGUUGUUUGCUGUGACUUUCGCUUUAGCCAUUAGAUCUUUCAACUUCCAGACAAGAUGA